UGGCCUAUGGAGACAGAGGGGUGGUCUUGGAAUCCUGGCUCCACCAGUGAUUGGCUUUGUGCCCUUAGGCCAAAAGGUGUGUUUCGCUGACCUCAAGCAUCCCUGCUACAAAAUGGCCUACUUCCAUGAACUGUCCAGCCGAGUGAGCUUCCAGGAGGCACGCCUGGCUUGUGAGAGCGAGGGGGGAGCCCUUCUCAGCCUGGAGAAUGAAGCAGAACAGAAGCUAAUAGAAAGCAUGUUGCAAAACCUGACAAAACCAGGAACGGGGAUUUCUGAUGGUGAUUUCUGGAUAGGGCUUUGGCGAAACGGAGAGGGGCAAACAUCUGGUGCUUGCCCAGAUCUCUACCAGUGGUCUGAUGGAAGUGGUUCCCAGUACCGAAACUGGUAUACCGAUGAACCUUCCUGCGGAAGUGAAAAGUGUGUUGUGAUGUAUCAUCAACCAACAGCCAACCCAGGCCUUGGGGGUCCCUACCUUUACCAGUGGAACGAUGACAGGUGCAACAUGAAGCACAAUUACAUCUGCAAGUACGAACCAG